UCAGAGCGCAGCCCGCCGCCCUCCAGCCCGCGCUGUCCGAGCAGGCCCCAAGCCCCUCUCCCGCCUCCCGCAGCGGCCUCCUUCCCGCCCCGCCAAAUGCAGGCCGCCGCCCUCCCUGAGGAGAUCCGUUGGCUCCUGGAAGAUGCUGAAGAUUUCCUGGCAGAAGGCUUGAGAAAUGAGAACCUCAGUGCUGGUGCAAGGGAGUGCAGAGACCAUAUUCUACGGGGCUUUCAGCAAAUCAAAGCUAGGUACUGUUGGGAUUUUCAGCCCCAAGGAGACCUUGGACAGGACAGCUCUGAUGAUAAUCAGAGUGGGACUCAUGGCCUGUCUCUCACAUCAGAUGCACCCUUUUCUUCAGAUUAUCAAGAUGAGGGAAUGGAAGACGUCAUAAGAGGAGCUCAAGAACUUGAUAACAUCAUCAAGCAAGGAUACUUAGAGAAGAAAAGCAAAGAUCAUAGUUUCUUCGGCUCUGAGUGGCAGAAGCGAUGGUGUGUUGUCAGCAGAGGCUUCUUCUACUACUAUGCUAAUGAGAAAAGCAAGCAGCCCAAAGGGACCUUCCUCAUUAAGGGCUACAGUGUCCGGAUGGCCCCCCACCUACGAAGAGACUCCAAGAAAGAAGCCUGCUUUGAACUGACCUCCCAGGAUAGGCGCAGCUAUGAGUUUACAGCUACUAGUCCAGCUGAAGCCAGAGACUGGGUGGAUCAAAUAAGUUUCUUAUUAAAGGAUCUGAGCUCUUUAACCAUCCCAUGUGAAGAGGAGGAAGAGGAAGGAGAAGAGGAGGAGGAGAUGUAUGAUGAUAUUGAUGGUUUUGACUCUCCAAAUUCUGGUUCCCAGUGCAGACCCAUUCUCUUGCCUGGGAGUGUGGGGAUAAAAGAUCCUACAGAGGAGAAAGAAGAGGAUAUUUAUGAAGUCUUACCAGGAGAGAAGCCAUGUCAUUGUCCCCUGCAUCAAGGAGCAGGGCUGUGGCUACACGUCCCCACCAAGGAGAGCCUGCUUCUUCUCCUACUACUUCCAACCUCUGCCAGUCCCCACUUCCCCAGCCUUUUUUUGUUGUGUUUUAUUAUGCAAAUGAUAUCUUGGUUGAGGUCGAGCCAUUUCUUGUGUCUGAAGUUAAAAAAAAAAAUGAUAAUUUCCUCAGCAAGUCAUCGUCGUUAAUGAAGUUUUACAAAAACAGAUACAACCAAAGGAAAAUAAAAUUUCACAGGUGAUAAAUUUUUCCAAUUUCCCUGGCAGAAUUCGAUAGGAUUGUUAAAUUAAGAGUGAAGGUGUCUGUUAGAAAGCAACGAGCAGUGAUGGGUAAUUUUAUAGAGUGGAAAAUUGAAUCAAAUUGCUACAUUAAAACACAGCUCCUCUGAGAAUCUUCCCUUUCACAGCCUGCUCCAUUGCAACAGCAGGGUGCAGAAAUGGAUCUAAUUCACAACACUCCCUAAAAGGAGAUGCACUCCCCAACUUGGCCAGGAUCUUCCUAGUGAGCUCACAUUCUGCUCACUCCUGCCCAGGCUCAGGAAAAGGCCAGGUGACACUCCACUUUAGGUUACAGCUGUGGAAGAGUGCUCUGGGAAAACCUCCCUGAACCACUCAGCCUUCUGGGGUACAAUGGAAGGGCCUUUUAUGCACCAUGGAUAGUUCUCAAAGGAGCCAGGGGAGAGGCUCAGAGAUGCAGAACUAAGAGAGCAAAGGGAAAGAGGCCUCAGAAAAUAAGAUGAAUUUGGGCUCAUCCCCCACUUACCCCAGGUGGGGGCAAUGAAUCUAUAACUGUCUUCUUAGCAGCCACGAUUCUCCUGCCUCCUAAACUCUUACCUUCAGUCACUGUGGUACUGCCAAGUUAUGGGGCAUUACUCCAAAAUUCUCACCAAUUGAGUAUUGGAGUGGACCCAAGGGCAUGGAGACUAGUCUACGUCUCUUAACCACUAACCCUGAGUCCACAACUACUGUCCAUUAGGAGUGAGGAAAGCCACAAAGCUUUAGCCUGGGUCUCUUUCUGUAGGUUAGCGAAACAGCAAUUAACUUGCAUAUGUUUCCAAAGGACAAUGUGUACAGCCAACGGUUUCUUUCCAAAAAGCCUCUAUCCAUCAGAGUCCUGAAAGACAGCAUUGAAGAUGGGAUAGUGGACAUUUAAUUAUCAUAUGUAUAUUGCAGCCACACAAUCCCAUCACCCAGCUUCCUUUCCACUCCACUCUUGUUGCUUCGGAAAUGGAUUUGAGUUUUGCAUGUGCCACAUCACUAGUCCUGGAGGAAUUGAGAGGGAAGGUGAGGGGCCUAGCAGUGUCUCCCCUCUGCCACCAUCUCAUAAGACCACCUACAGAGCAGAGGCAUAUGAGAGACAGCCGGCACUACAGGUGCAAAGCUGGCUGUAUGUCACGAUAGAUCUGUGCUGCUGCCUGUUCUCGUGAGCCCUCAGGCAAGUUACCUGCCCUCACUAAUUGUCACCCUUGUAAAAUGGGGAAAACAAUAGCUACUAUCCUAGAGGGAUAUGGUGAAAAAGUCUAGAACUGACAUAUAUAAAGCCCUCAGCAUAGAGUCCUGGCAUGUGGGAGUCCUCAGUAAAUGCUGGCUACUAUUAACCUGGUGGCAUUUAAAACUGACAAGAACAGAUACUACACUUGAUCUUGGCCAAAAGGCCGAAAAGUGAUCUGGUGGUAUUUAAAGAGGCUUUAUGGCUUGAAAAGCUGGGGGAUGGCUAGGUCCCCGCCCUCACCAAGCAGACCUGAGACAGUCCAGUUGGGCAUUUGCAGCUAUGUGUAUGAAGCAGGUGAAAUUGAAAAUCCCAAGCAGAUGGAAUGUGGAGCGCACCUUCUGCUCAGGCCCAUUUUUACUGCGAGGCCAGGUGCUGGGUGGAGGGACAGCGGACGGUAACGUCGGAUUGUGCUAACAUUGCAUACCCAUCAAUAGUCAAAUGACUUGGGCCUCUCAUUCAGUUCAUUAUAACAGGUAAAUGUGCUUUGUGAAGGAUAUUUAGCAUUGGUGAUUCUGCUAAUUCUCUUCUUUGGAAUGGGACCUACAUAAGCCCUCCCUGUCCUUUUUUUUUUUUUUUUUUUUUUCCUUUGUGGUGCUAGGGAAUGAACUCAGGGCCUCAUAUAUGCCAGGCAAGUGCUUUCCCACUGAACCACAUCCCCAGCUCCUUGAGCCUUCACUGUGUCUAUGGGGAAAGCCAUGUAAGUGAGAUCCUUCCAGAGUGUCAUUGAUAUGGUCUUCCUAGUAGAGAGAAAAGAGUACAGAAUAUAUAUCAAGUCAAUAAAAAAUAAAAUUUUUUUUCCUGGUCAAAAUAA